AUGGAGAUGUAUAUUGCGACAGGACUUCUUAUUCUUUCAUUUGGAUCCAUGCUGAGGUUAAUCUCCUGUUACAGCGAUGGAAGCUUUUUGGAGGAGGAUCAAUGUCAAGCAAUGAAUAUUAUCCAUCUUGAUAGAAGUGGUGCACAAAUAUCAGCACAAAACACGGAAGCCCGUUUCAAGGUCGAACCAGAAAAUGUGACAGUUUCGGAAGGGAAUACGGGCCGUAUUACCGCAAAAUGUUUUUUUCAGAUGUGUCACUUUAAACUCUCUCAUUUUACCACAGUGACCCUUUCGGGUGGAUCGAGUAAGUUUGAGGGAUUUAUGUUGGACUCUCGUCAGUGUGAUAACUGUCCGUCUGUAGGUACGUUUAGUUUGGAUGACCUGGACAACAGCCAACUCAUCUGUGGUGGCAGUGUCGUUGUUCAUAUUAAUAAUUUAAAGAAAAAUUCAAUCACAGUGUUCUGGACACCCACAGCGGCAGGACUAUUUUUCUUCAGAGCUGCAGUUGUAGAAGACUUUUUUACGUUUUGGCGAAGGAAGCGGAUAGAUGUACCGUCCACAACACCACCGCCCUCUGAAACAAGUGCGCAUACAAGACUAACUACAAGCCCAACAGAGUCACAUGCCACAGCUCUCCUCACAGGCACAUCCACAGCACCACCGAUCUCUGGAGCCAACAGUACACAAACGAACCUAACUACAAGCACAACAAAAUUUACAACAUCAAAUAUAGACUCACAGGCUCCAGCUCUCCUCACAGGCACAUCCGCAGCACCAACGAUCCCUGAAGCCAAAAGUAUACAAACGAACCCAACUACAAGCAAAACAAUCUUUGCAUCAAUAUUGAUAGAGGUUAAAGCUUUCUUUGCAGGCAACUGCGCAUCACCGUCAAUCUCUGAAGCCAUCAGUUCACAAAUAAACAUAACUUCAGGCACAUCAAUAUUUGUAUCAAUAUCAAAUGUCUUACAGGCUCCAGUCUGCUGUUCUUGCCGGAACUUAUGGGAUCCUUUAAGCACUUUGUAUGCAGUUCUGAUGUUCUGGAGUCACAUUUUUUUGUUAUAAGUUUCUUGUUCGUUAAAGGGUUAAAUGUUAAGGCUGAAUCCCAAUUCUCU